UAUCCGGCACUUUGUUAGUGACGUUGGCAAAUCAUUGAAACGCUUCGAUUGCCGCCAGGGAAUCUUAUCAAUGGCCGGCCAAGUGGCCGUUGGCUCUGCGGAAAGAGGCUCUGCAAAGUCAGUCAGUGUCAACAUGUCGUCGUGGGUUGUAUCCACCACCGAGCUGUACGAUUGCGGUGCCAAUGGGCCAACAUCAUCCUCAGCCACAUCCUCGCAACACACCCGACUGAUCCUGCUGGUCUGGCAUAACCUGGCCGAGAAAUGCCAGAAAUUUGGUAGUUUCCUAAGACGCGAGACGAAUAAGCCGCUACCCAAAGAACUGAGACGAUCGUUACGUCUUAACAAAUCGGCCCGCCGGAAAGGCUAUCGGAGUUGCGAGAGCGAGGCAGAUAAACGGCUGAUGAAAGAGCGUUUAAACGAGCCCGUCAACAUAUCCAUACGCAUGGGACCAGCCUACGACUAUAGACCGUCGAACAUGUAAUGGAUCUGGAAAAGGAUAAUAGGAUAUCGCAAUUCGAAUUGUUAGCUCUGCUACUUACUUAGCCUAAGAUGUAAUGUUAUUGUUACUAACUGACUGUUGUAAACUGUUAUUAAAAGUUUAAUUUUUACAUAUUUUUACAUA